GCAAAGGAGAUGAGAGAGGGAGACAUAAGCGAGACAACUAGAGAUACAAUGCAUUCAGGAUGAAGAAUUAAGUCAAGGUGAUUUUUUUUCCCCUGACAGGACUGCAAGACUUCCCUAUAACAAGCAAAACCAGAACCCAGCGUCUGAACACUGGGAGAGGUAAAAGUGAGGUCCGGCGUCGCACUCCUCCAGCGCCCGGCGCGCCAUAUCUCACGGCGCAGAGAGAUCCUGGAUGAGCCCCAAAGUGUGAGCUUCAGCACCUGAGGAGAGGACAGCUCCCCUCUGUGUGAUGCACCUCCGGACCUCCAGCUCCCCCCACCCGAAAAAACUCCGCUGCACCUUUAAAGCCGACACUUCCAGUCUGACAGUCUGCUUCACAAGUCUGGAAGAAGUCUGAACAAGAUCCACCGCCGGAGAGAUACUGAUUGUAUGCUCAAUAUGUACCAGGGGCAUUUACAGGGGAAAGACUCUAGGGCUGCAGAUAAGACUGUUGCCAUGGUCCUGAAGGAGAUACCCAGUAAGGCGUCAUCAGAAGGGAAGCCCCUCCUCACAGUGACUACCAAGCUGGUGAGUGAGCAACAAGAAAGCCGCCCCCUGCUAAGCCCCUCCAUCGACGAUUUCCUCUGUGAGACCAAGUGUGAUGGGCUUUCCCGCCCAGUGACUUCCAACACAGCCGUUCUCUCCUCAACACUGGACCUUCUGGAUCUCAGUGAACCUGGCGACAGAAGGACCAGAAAGAACAGGGAGAGUCCGCUGUCGUCCCGCGGCAACAGCCUGAAGAAGAACAACGCUCACAGAAAGAAGACGGAUGAGACGGAGCUGAUCCAGGUGGAGGUUGAACGGACGGGACCAAGCAUGAGAACCCCAGAGAGGGCGUCUAUAGAUUCAGUAACAAUUGGUUCACCGCUGGAUAAAUGGGAAGAGCUGAACUCAAACUCAGAGAGGAAUGGCAACAGGAAAUGGAAGUUAGAGAGAAGACGUUCUUCAAAAAAUUCAUCUAAUGAGUUUCUGUGGUCCAUAGACUGUAAAACCCAAUUUGAGCAGUCGAACAAGAACUCGGUGGAAGUGAAUACCAAAGUUGAGCCAGAGUCUGCCCUAGCAUCACAACUCAACAGGCAGUAUAUUAGUGGAAGACAUGCUCGUCUAAAUAAGGAGCAGCGGUAUGGCAGCGCCCUCCUGUCCAGACACCAGUCCCUGGAGGAGGAGUUUGAGCGAGCCAAGGCUGCUGUUGAGUCAGACACUGAGUUCUGGGAUAAGAUGCAAGCAGAGUGGGAAGAGCUCGCUCGGCGGAACUGGCUGACAGAAAACGAGCAGGCGCAGAUUCCCUCCAAUGUGUCUCCGCAUGAGAAGGGUUACUACUUCCACACAGAUAAUCCGUAUAAGGACUCGCCUAACGCGUUUGAAGAGGGACAAAAAAAGUCUCGAGGGGGGGACUUGCCAGAUGCAGUGCUUCUGCUGGAAGCAGCUGUCCUGCAGGACCCUCAUGAUUCAGAGGCUUGGCAAGUGUUGGGGACCACCCAGGCUGAAAAUGAGAACGAGCAGGCUGCCAUCGUCUCCCUUCAGCGGUGUUUGGAGCUCCACCCAAGCAACCUCCCUGCCCUCAUGGCUUUGGCAGUGAGCCUGACCAACACCGGUAUGCGCAAUGACGCCUGUGAGGCCCUCACCCGCUGGCUGCGGUAUAAUCCAAAGUACAAGCACCUUGUGAAGGGCAAGACACAUCUGAUCGGAUCCCCAAACUCCCAACGCAGAAUGUCACAGGUUCUCAGCAUGGCAAGACACGAAAGCUCCCUGCAACCAGAGGUCAAGGAGCUCUUUCUGGAAGCAGUUCAGCAGAACUCUGACAGCGUCGACCCGGAUUUACAGACGGGCCUGGGGGUUCUCUACAACCUCAGUGGAGAGUUCAACAAAGCUGUAGAUGCCUUUAAUACAGCACUAUCAGUGCGGCCUGAGGACUAUUUGUUGUGGAAUCGCCUGGGGGCCACACUGGCAAACGGGGAUCGGAGUGAGGAAGCCGUAGAGGCAUACACAAGAGCCCUGGAGCUACAGCCUGGAUUUAUCAGGUCCCGCUACAACCUGGGAAUCAGCUGCAUUAACCUGGGGGCACACAGAGAGGCAGCCAGUAAUUUCCUGACUGCCUUAAGCCUUCAGAGGAAAAGCCGAAGUCGCCAGCAGAACCACCAGGUGAUGUCUGGAAACAUCUGGGCUGCUCUGAGGAUAGCUUUAUCCAUGAUGGACCAGCCUGAACUCUUCCAAGCUGCAAAUAUUGGUGACCUGGAUCUUCUAAUGAAAGCCUUUAACCUAGAUAUUUGAGGAUUGGGAGAUACUGACAUUAGCAUCUUCCCCCUCUUUUACUUCUUAAUUUCAGCCAAAGCCCAAAGUGCACACAUCAGAAUGGAAUCGGAUCUGAUGGUAGAGACAACAGUGUGAUUUUUAUGCAUGUCAAAAUUAACUACAGACGUCAAAGUUGUUAUAUUUUUGGCCCAAGUACCUUGGAGCAGUUCUGAGGACAGGUUCUGCCAAGUGCUUGAAGUGGCUGCUUUGUGAUGGAUUUGCACUGCAAUUUGUGAUUUCCCUGAAGAGCACAAGGACGGGCAAAGAUUGUACGAGCAAUGCCUUAGAGAACACAUCAAUUAAAAACUGACUCAUCCAGUGGAACAGAGCUAAGCCAGUGGAGACAUGCAGACAGACAGUUCCCACAGAGUCUCACAGAGGAACCCUCACGCUGCUUUGCAGAGAAAAGACGAGGUCUCGAGGAAAAAAAAAAGGUUUUGUUAUCCAAUUACUCUCAAAGACUUAGACUGUCUCACCCUCCUGAAGGAUGGAUUUAGUGAGCAAGUGAUAAAGACUGCACAUUAUGACCUGGAACUCCAGAUUGGGUUCCUGGCUUGUUUUCAUCCUCUUUCAGUGGAGAAUAAUGAUACUGCAUGAAUAAGCAUUUUCAUAAAUGGAUUCUUGUUAAAAAUUUAAACACUUUAAGAAGUUCCCUUUGCACAUCACACAAACAGAUAACUUCCUCAACCCGUGUGGAAUGUGCAAGCCAGGUUGUAAAGCCUUACUUUAAUGCAUGUGAACAAAAUAUUUAUUUAUACUAUUUUUACGGCAACACAAAAACACUAAGCCAUGUUCAGACUGGUUUUGAUUUCUUCAAAUAACUGUCAUCUUUUGAACUCGGGAGCUGUCUGAGCCAUUUAAUUUUGUUUUGUUGGGUUUUUUAUUUAUUUAUUUAUUUAUUUAUUUGUUUAUUUAUUUGUUUAUUUAGUUUUUGCUCCUGGCUUCUCUUUGUUCACUCUAUGUUGACUGGUAAGGAAAAUACACAACCUGGGCAUCACU